AUGUCGUCUGGCAGCUCCCAAAAGCUCGUCCUACAGAGUUCUGAUGGCGAGGACAUCGAAGUCGAUUGCGUUGUUGCCGAGAGAUCAAUUCUCAUUAAGAACGCGGUCGGCGAUCUCGGCAAAGGUGCCAUGGAGGAGGUCAUCCCCAUCCCCAACGUCGAAGCCGCCGUCCUCAAAAAGGUGAUCGAGUGGUGCACGCAUCACCAGACCGAUCCUCCUACAACGGGCGAGGAUGACAAGGACCCGCGUAAGAAGACGCCUGACAUCAACGAGUGGGAUCAAAAGUUCAUGCAGGUUGAUCAAGAAAUGCUUUUUAACAUCAUCCUGGCGGCCAAUUAUCUCGACAUUAAGCCUUUGUUGGAUACCGGAUGCAAGACCGUCGCCAAUAUGAUCAAGGGGAAGUCGCCCGAAGAAAUCCGCCAAACGUUCAAUAUCAAGAACGACUUCGCGCCUGGGGAAGAAGACCAGAUCCGCCGGGAAAACGAGUGGGCUGAAGAGUGA